AUGAGGUGUACCAAGUUUUGGAAUGAUUCUUUUGCCGCUCUAGUUGGUAAUGCAAACCAGACUUCCGACUGUGAUGAAGAAAGUAGCGUAACUGUUCAAAGAUGGACAGGAGAGUUGAUCAUUCGUGUAGCCUCAGUGAUGGCAGUGAUGAUAUUUACCCUCAUUGGAAAUUUUCUUUUAAUUGCUUUGCUGACAUAUAAAAAAUCUCGUCGAAGAAAGCGGGUCAAUAUUUUUAUCAUAAAUUUGGCCAUCGGAGAUUUAGCGGUGGCUUUUAUAACCAUGUCUACCGAGAUUAUAUUUCUCGCCUUCAAUGAAUGGGUUCUUGGACCUUUUCUGUGUAAAUUUGCUGUAUAUUUGCAGUGUGUUACCCUAUCUAGUGCCACUUUUUUGCUGACGGGAAUGAGUGUUGAUCGAUAUCAGGUUAUCGUCAAACCCAUGCAAUCCCUGGCAAAAAGACCGAAAAUAUGGACUAAAGUUGUCAGUGCUUGGGUUUUAGCUUUUUUGUUUGCUCUGCCACAGCUAGCAAUUUUUGUUGAGGAGAAUCAAAUAAAAAAUGGAAAAUCUGUGAAAAUGUGCUUGAGUCACGGCUACACUGCACAGUGGCAACGUAAAGUGUACUUUUCUUUCCUUAUGACUUAUGUUUUAGUUGUUCCCUCGAUGGUAAUGUUAUUCUGUUACUAUAAAAUAGCAAAAGUGGUAUGGGCACGAGCUAGUUCUCAUCAACACUCCAUCGAGGGGCCAUAUGAGGAAUUAAAAGCUUCUCCAAGAGUAUCAGUGCGAACAAACCUUGUGUCUGCUUCCAAACAGAAAGUCAUCAAGAUGACACUAACUGUGAUCGUGGGAUUUCUAGUAUGUUUGACUCCUUACUUCAUCAUAUCCUUCCUAAGGAUUUACAGUGAUUAUAAAUUGAAACUGGAGUAUGCAUUGUCAGUAUCGGAAAUAAUUUUUAUGGUUCAUAGUGCUCUCAAUCCUGUUUUAUAUGGAAUCUUCGCAUUACGAUGGGAACACAUUAAAAGCUUUCAUUCUCGAUUUAAGUACCGCAAAUCAAUCCGAGAUGAAAUUGCUAAACAACGAGCGGCCGACAGAAAGAGAUUUUACAAGCUACAAUUUGGACUGACCAUUUUUAAAAGGCGAGAGCUUUACCAUGAUACCAGUUUUAUUAUCGCUAAUCAUCCUGCCACAAAAGAUAAUAAAUUACAGACCAAGGCAACAAGCCAUACUAUUAAAAAUAACUUUACUGAUCGUCGAAUGGUAAAUCAUGAAGAUGCAGGAAAUCUAAUCGAACAUGAUGACUCCAUUGAUUUUACAGGUCUCUCUAGUAAAACUUCAAGAAACGGAGGAUUCAGAUUGGACGUUGGAAGUCCUGUAUGA